AUGAUACCGCUUGUUAAGGCCCUCAAAACAAACUCCAUGUAUCCGGAAAACAUACCCGCUUCUGACAUCUAUGCAGAAGUGCCGUUUUACGGCCGAUACUUCCCCAAAGCAGACGACUUUCAGGUCGACCCACAACACAUCAACUCCCAGUCAAUUGAAUCGUUACAGUACUGGGCGUCGGUUGUUGACCUCUACAACGAGUUGGUCAGAAUCUACCCAGCUGAGGAGGGCGGUCGCGACGUAUUUACCCUUGGUAGCGUAAUAGUCAAAUCCAGUCAUCUACACAAGACAAAGAAUGGUCGGCACUAUAAAAUUAACUACUCGUAUGCUGAUGCAAAUGAAGUCAAGGCCGUUGCUCUUGCUAAAAGCGUUCUAAAAGACUUUAAAGUCCCAGAAAUUUACUUCGCCGAUAAGCCAUACCUAUCGCAAGGCCAAAAGCAGUCCUUCCAAAAACAAGCACAAGAGAUACUUCGACAGCUAUACACUGUCAAGCCCUCCGACAGGCGCCGGGCUCGCUGUCACAUCGUCCAAGAUCCCAACAUCCUCACCAACAGCCGUGUUCGUCCCCUAGAAGCAGGUAUCCUCUUCUCAGACACCAACGUCGACCCGGACAUAAGUUUCAUGCACAAUAACUUCACCAAGUCCAACUGCAUAGUCGACAAUAACAAGAUCGUAGGGCUUGUUGACUGGGAAAUGGCAGGCUUCUUUGGUUGGAAGACGGCUGGUGAAGUCCAUCGUAGGAUCAGAACACCUCAGAGGGAGCAUUUUGCCAAUACCAACUUAACUGAAGAGACACUUCAGGACAUCAUGUGUUAG